AGUUUAAACACCCCCGGCCGAGCCGCCCCGGAGUUCGCGGGACGUGCCGGGGAGCGGCUGCCAGGGGGGCCCGUCCCGCCCCGCCCGGAGCGCCCCCGCCGCCGCCUAUGCGGGAGCCGCGGGGCCGGCAGAGCCAUGGACGGCGGCGGCGGGGCCCCGCCCGCGCUGGAGAAGAACGCGGCGGAGCUGACGGUCAUGGACGUGUACGACAUCGCCUCGGCCGUGGGGCAGGAGUUUGAGCGGGUCAUCGACCAGCACGGCUGCGAGGCCAUCGCCCGCCUCAUGCCCAAGGUGGUGCGGGUGCUGGAGAUCCUGGAGGUGCUCGUGAGCCGCAACCACAUCAACCCCGAGAUGGAGGAGCUGCGCCUGGAGCUCGACCGCCUGCGCCUCGAGAGGAUGGACCGCAUCGAGAAGGAGCGGAAGCACCAGAAGGAAUUAGAACUGGUGGAGGAUGUCUGGAGAGGGGAAGCACAGGACCUUCUUACCCAAAUUGCACAGCUGCAGGAGGAGAAUAAACAGCUGAUGACAAACUUGUCUCACAAAGACAUUAAUUUCACAGAAGAGGAAUUUCAGAAGCAUGAAGGGAUGUCAGAGAGAGAGCGGCAAGUCAUGAAGAAACUGAAGGAAGUGGUUGAUAAACAGAGGGAUGAAAUCAGAGCAAAGGACCGGGAACUCGGACUUAAAAAUGAGGAUGUAGAGGCUCUUCAGCAGCAACAGAACAGGUUAAUGAAGAUUAACCAUGACCUGCGGCACCGGAUCACGGUGGUGGAGGCUCAGGGGAAGGCCCUGAUCGAGCAGAAGGUGGAGUUGGAAGCGUAUCUGCAAACCAAGGAGCAGGAGAUGGGCAGCCUGAGGGCAGAGCUGGGGAAGCUCCGAGAGAAACUGCAGGGUGAGGACAGCCAGGAGAGCCAGAAUGGGGAGGAAGUGAAGGCAGAACCAAACAAUGAUGACUGUCUGUCAGAGUCAGAAAAGAUGGCACUGGACUUAAAAGAUCCGAAUCGGCCGAGGUUCACCUUGCAGGAGCUCCGGGAUGUCCUUCACGAGAGGAAUGAAUUGAAAUCCAGAGUGUUUUUACUUCAAGAGGAGCUUUUAUAUUACAAAAGUGAGGAAAUGGAAGAAGAAACUAGACCCCCUCAACCUCCCCCCAUAAUUCAGUCAAAACCCUCAACUCAACCUGAAUCUGGAAUCAAACGACUGAUCUUUACAGCCAUAAUGCCCAUGGUAGCAGCUGGAUUGAUUCCAGACGAUCCCACAUUGCAGCCCAUAAGAAGACUUGUGUCCCUUGUUUAGUUUCUUCUCUCGCGACAAGAAACGUUUGCAGGCGUCGCAGAAAAAUGUCCACUUCCAGGGAACUUUUGGAGAAUGGUCAAAUUCAAGUAGGGAUGACUCCUACAUGGAACAAGGCCAGGAAGCCCUGCAGCACCUGUGACUGAAGCCCUGAGGUGUCCUGUUUGCUGCAGUAGAUCCGACAGAGUCGUGACAAGAAGCUCCUGUAAAGCACCGCGGCAGCUCGUCACUGGUUUUGCCUCGCACACCUCGGGGUUGUUCCAGACCCUCCCAAAGGGAUCCCUCGCUGUUCACUUGGGGACUGUUUGCUGCAAACAGAGCCCAAGCUUUGUAGUAACAGUUGCUGCCACCCUGGGACGUGGAAGCUUCUAGAUGACUUGUUUUGUGCUGAAUAACAAGUCCACGGUCUUGUUCUUGCAUUAACUACAGUAACACAAGCUUCUUUAAACCAAAAAAGGACCCGUGCCAUUAUUAGAAGUUUGUUUGCAGUGUACAGUAUCUAGUACAGGGCAAAGACUCUUCCACCCUGUUUGUUAACACUAUUGGUUGUUUGCUUUUUAUUUCUGUGAGAAUUUUUUCAAGAGGGACACAACAGCUGGACACCCUCCGUGGCGGCCCAGAGCUCUGCUGUGUCCUGUCAGUGCCGCUGGCAUCGGCAUCCUGCGGAGGAACCCCCUGGAAACCCACCUGGCACAGUGAGAAACUGGAGUAGCCUUGAGAGGGACAGUGAGUGUACAUUUCCCUUGUGCUUAUAGUGCCUAAAGCAUGAAGAACCCUUGUAUGAGGUGAGCGUGCCUUGUGUUUUGCCAUGAGUUCUGCAGUAUUAAUGGAAUACAAAUUGCUUACAGGGAGGAAUCCUAACUCUUGGAUUUUUUCCUUCUUACUGGGGACUUCCCCCCAGAGUAGCAGGCAGCUGCUGGAAAGGAAUUAGAGCUUUCCCACAGAGAGGUUUUUAAGUCACACUCCAUUUUCCUGUCUAGGUAAAACUGCCCAACUUGAGAGGGACACACGUCCUCAGCUGGCUGACACGAGCUGUUAAACUGACCUAGAGAUGGCCCCAACUGCAAACUAAACACUAAACUCUGUGGGAGCAGAGGAAUGAAUUCUGUGUGCAGGCUGCUCCCCUGGUGUUGGCUCAUGUCUGGGCAGCCCAGUGUUACUGGGCUUAACUUGCCAGCCCAGCCCAGCUGCCAGGGGCUGGGAUUUAAUCUGCUCUGCAGUCAGAUUGUGAGAGCCCGGGUCUGACCGAGGUCAGACUUACAACACUAAAACCCCACAGAGCAUAACUGUUGUGUCCAGCCCAUGUCAGAGCAUCCCCCCUGCACCACACACUCCACAGGCACCCCCCCAGGUGGGAGAGGGCGAGGACAGAGCUGAGGAGUCUCUGUGUUCUGGAAGGUCUGUGCUGGGGCACCACUGCUGCUGAGGAGCAUCUGGUGGUGGCAGGGCCAGGGGCAGCUCCUGCUCGUGCAGCUCAGUGCCAGGGGCUGGAGCUCUUGGUACCACACCCCCAGCAGCUCCACCUGCUCUGUAAAGAGCCUCCUCUCAGGAGUGGCACCAAGGAUGGGAAAUACUGCUCAGGCUGGAGUAAAGCUCCAACUACUCCAGGUACUGAGUGCAGGAGGAACUGUUGAAGGACUCCUAGAUGGGUUUAGUGCAGGCCAGUUGUUUUUAUUACAGGGUGAUCCAAGACUGGAUUCUUUGAUGUGUGUGAGCACAGCAAAUGGUUCUCAGCCUGUCUGUAGUGAAAGCCUGACAGGGAACUGUUCCCUCUGUACUGCUCUGCUCCUGGCUGCAACUGCUUCAUUCCAAACACAAAUCUUCCAUAUGUUCUAGGUAGGGAAAGUGUUUACUGUGCCCCCCUGGUGCUCCUGCAGCUCGGGGCAGGGGGGACAUGUGGCCUUACAUGAGACACCUGCAUUAGACACAGUGACGGCAGCGGCCGACGCGGGAAUUGGGCAGAUGAGCUUUUGCCUGGUUGUGUUUUGGUAACACCCGUGAAACAGCAGCACUUCCCCCACUGAGUGAAAAGCAAUUCUUAAAUGGGGGGAGUGUCUUAAUUUAAUGAGACUUAAGUUGCCAAGAUCUGGAUUCACUUCCAGAUAUGAGAAAACCAGAAGCUGUCCAGUUCCAUCCGGCUGUUGAAUUGUGAGUGACCCCGUGGAGUCUCUGCUGGGCGCAGUCCAGUCGUGUGGCACAUCCAGAAGGGAUGCAGUGAGCAGAAACAAAGCCAGAGUAAGCACAUCCCUUUGGAAAUGAGCUGAGAGCAAUGAGCUGGGAUAAUGGAACUGCACAGACCGAGCCUAAGCCUGUGCUCCUGGUGCAGUAAAGCCCGGCCCAGAGCCCGGGGCACCAUUGUCAGGCCAGAUCUGCAGCAACAUCAAAGCACAGCACUAAGCAGGACAAGCUUCCCCCACUCAUCUCUGUAGCCCAUUACCUCAAAAACCUCAUUAGUUCCUCCUGAACUGCUGCCAUUAACCACUGGUUGUCAUGUUGGAAGUGCUGAGUUCACAAGUGCCAUCGGGAAGGAUGGCCCAGAGGGAAGCAUUUGUAAAGAUUUUAGAUCUGUCAUGUGUUGGUUCUCUGCGUUCAAGGAACAUCUGCUUUUAGAAAAGGGGCCAGGAUGGUGGCAGGUGAGGGGUGUCACAGUCCUGCCUGCCAAGUGCAGGAUCAGACAUUUUAUGGGUUGGUUUAUUUUAUUUUCUUUUUUUUUGGUUGGACAGUAAAUCAUUUUAACAGUUUAAUAAAUAUUUCUGAAAAACACGUA